AUUUCCCAGCAAUCUUAUCUCUUCCUCCAUCUCAACAAAAAUCUCCUUUUCUUUUCCCCGUGAAAUCUUUGAUUUAUAGUAUAAGUGCUAACAUGGCAGCUGUUAUCUCUUGUAACUCUUACUCUCCUUUAGCUGCCUCUAAAUGGAUUAACCCAACACUCCCCACUAAAGCUUCAACCUUUCUAGCAACUCCCAAAUAUAAUCCUCACAAGCAUGUUCAGUGUAAGCUUCAGAAUGGGCAGAAAGGGAGGCCAUUUUCCCUGAAGGAAUGUGCAAUCUCCAUUAUUUUGGCAGCUGAGUUAAUAACUGGAAUCCCAUCACUUGAUGCAUAUGCAGCUAAUCCUCCAUUGCCAGAUUUAUCUGUUUUAAUCUCUGGGCCUCCAAUUAAAGACCCUGGAGCUUUGUUGAGAUAUGCAUUGCCAAUUAACAAUAAAGCUGUUAGAGAAGUGCAAAAACCACUUGAAGAUAUAACCGAGUCUCUCAAGAUUGCCGGUGUCAAGGCACUCGAUUCCGUCGAGAGAAAUGUGAGGCAAGCGUCUCGAGCUCUUAAGCAAGGGAAAAUGUUAAUUAUCUCGGGAUUAGCCGAAGCAAAGAAGGACCGUGGAGCAGAAUUGCUUGACAAGCUGGAAGUCGGGAUGGAGGAACUACAACAGAUUGUUGAGGAUCGGAAUAGAGAUGCGGUGGCACCUAAACAGAAGGAGCUGCUUCAAUAUGUUGGAGAUGUUGAAGAGGAUAUGGUAGAUGGCUUCCCAUAUGAAGUACCAGAAGAAUAUAGGAAUAUGCCGCUUUUGAAGGGGAGAGCAGCUGUGGAUAUGAAGGUUAAAGUCAAAGACAACCCGAAUCUAGAGGAGUGUGUGUUCCGUAUUGUUCUCGAUGGGUAUAAUGCCCCGGUAACAGCUGGGAAUUUUGUUGACCUCGUCCAAAGGCACUUCUAUGAUGGCAUGGAAAUUCAGAGAGCGGAUGGGUUUGUUGUUCAAACCGGAGAUCCUGAUGGUCCUGCAGAGGGCUUUAUUGAUCCUAGUACCGAGAAAACUCGGACAAUACCAUUAGAAAUCAUGGUUGAUGGAGAGAAAGCACCUGUAUAUGAAGCAACACUGGAGGAGCUUGGUCUGUACAAGGCUCAAACAAAGCUCCCUUUCAAUGCUUUCGGAACCAUGGCAAUGGCUCGAGAAGAGUUCGAGAAUAACUCUGCCUCAAGCCAGAUAUUCUGGCUAUUGAAAGAAAGUGAACUAACACCGAGUAAUGCCAAUAUAUUGGAUGGUCGAUAUGCUGUGUUCGGAUAUGUGACUGAAAAUGAGGAUUUUUUGGAAGACGUCAAGGUCGGUGAUGUUAUUGAAUCAAUUAAACUUGUUUCCGGCCAGGACAAUCUAGUCAAUCCAAGCUAUAAAAUUGCUGGUUAGAAGCCAUUUUUUUGGUUUAGGAAUUGCAUUGUCACUGACAUCCAACUUAAUAAGACUGCUUGCUUCAUAAUUCUAGUAUUUAUUUCAGCUGAAACUAUAAUUGAUUGUUUUGUAUUUUGAGAAGAUGCUUAGUUGUUAUAUAAAUCUGUCAUUAAUAGCGUCA